GGGCUGGGCAGGGCGCGCCGGGGCGGGGGGAGCCCGAGCCCCUUUUCUUUCCCUUUCUCCUCUCCUGCAGGGCUCCCCGGGCUCUGAGGGGCUCCCGUGGCUGUAACUAACCCAGGCGGACCGGGGCUGCUGCUGUGCCCGGGCCAGGUUAGCGCUGCAUGCAGCCUUACAUGCUCUGUCCCCGGCUUACAAACUAGCACCCCGGAUACUGCUCAAAAGCUCAGAAACCAAAUAACCCAGUUUUGGCAGAAAAUAACCCUCCCAGGCAUAUAUUAUAACAAAGCGUCAGAUUUCUGUCUGGAUUUAGGACUUGCCUUUUUCUUUCCUGCCUCCCCUCUCUCCAGGCUCUAGUGCUGGCCAGCGUGAGUUGGAGUGGCUGAAAUAUUUCUGAAGGGAUUGUUUUGUUUCGCUUGUUGUUUCACUGCAAUCAUAGGUUUGUGCAGCACUGAGAACAUCUUUUCGGACUAUUUUGAAAGAAAUAUUUUAGACGGUGCACGUCUCCUUUAGCUGUACCGCGGUCAUGCAAAUAGCUUGUUCCCUAAAACGACAGGAUAACGUUAGGGAUAGCAUUUCCAAAACUGCCAUACAAUGUAACUGUGUCAUCCCCUCUGGCUGUGCUGAAGGGUUCGAUUCCAUAAAUUUGCAACAGACCAUUGAUAAGGGAGAUUGGAAGGAUGAAAACCAUAUUCCCGGCCAUUUAGACAAGCCUUUGACUUUUGCGGAGUUCAAGUCCUUUUGUUAGUGCCAAAGUUGAGAAAUUUGGUUUAGUGCAGGGAAGGAUUUUGCCACCCUAGCAGGAGCACUCGUGACUCCGUUUCAGAGUUAAUUUAUAGCGAACUAGCUGUCGUUCUUGUACUCUGCUCCUAUGGAUGUUAGAGAGAAACCGAAAGUAACUAAUCGGACGCAGCUCUUAAAUCGUUCUUGCUCCAACCAGGAGCUAAAAUGUUGCUUCCUUCAGUUCACUGAUAAGUUUAAAGGAGGGAGGGCGAGGGUAUGGGGAGUCGAAGCAGCCUCCACCUCCUGCCCCCCAGGCUGCAGCCGGAGCCGGGCGCGGCGGGACCGCCCUGCCCGACCGCAGCCGGGGGCUCUCCGGCAUCGCCGCUCUGGGGAACAGACGCCUCGAAGCCGCUCGGGUUUCUUUGGGAGAGCAACCCUCCAUCUUCCGAUCCACAGCGGGCUCUGCUCGUUACCCCCUCCUACCUCUGCCGUGCCCUAAAUCACGGCACGGAGAGGAUCCGUCUCUCGCAGCCGCCCGGCCGUGACGCCCGGGAGCCGGCAGCUCCCGCCCCGCAGACAGCUCGGGAGCGGGCUGCGAUCUGCUGAGUCCGCGGCAGCAAGCCUGACCGAAAGAGCUGCCUAAGUUUUCCACUGACAAUCGCAGGCGGGCGGGAAGCGCCUGCCUUCGCUUGCCAGUGCGACCCCAAGGUGCGCGGUGCACGGCUGCGCUCCCGCCUGCGCGGGCAAUGCUGAGCGCGGCGAGGGCACAGCACGGCGCGGCAAGGGCUGGGCGAGAACGGGUAUAUAUGCCUCUUAAAUCAGCCUGCGGGAGCUGCCGGCUCUCUCUGGGAAAGCAGCAAGUGCCAAACGCUUGGCUACUGGCGUAGCCCUGGCUAUCUAGAAGAAUGUCUUGUGAGUCUUGGUAUGUACAGCCAAGCGCUUGCUCUAGCAAGUACUCCUGUGCUUAAUGUAACGCUGACCCCUUUAACUUUUAACAUCGCUCCGCCUAAUUAAUCUGUUCAGGCCCCAGACUUAAAUGGCUGUCCACAGCUGCUGCAAAUUGAUUUAUCCCCUGAUGGUGGUCCGAGUUGCUGACCAAAGCAGGAUUUUUUUUUCCUCCCCAUUUUUGGUCUACUGAUCUCUUUUGACUUAUUUCCUACUUACAGUAAUGCUUGCAUGCUUUUUGAAGGACUUAGAAAAUAUCUUCCAUUGACAUGUAACUAGAAACAUAAUUAUUGUAUUUGUAAGCACAAUAUGUUAGGGCUAAGGGUGAGUAUAAUUUACUUAACUACACCCUCGAAGCCUUACAUUUCCGUCUCAGUUUCUGCAUCCUGACAGAUGCAAUGGAAAGUUUAAAUAAGCAACUUUGUUAACUGCAGUUUGAGGCAAGAUGUGAAAGAUGUUUUUAGAGCUGAACUCUAUUGUCCAGGUUUUCUGUUCAGCUUUUCUGUUAACGGCUUAGUGAAUCUGGAUAGCAGAGAGGAUUGAAACUGGUUUCUAAUGGUUGUUAAAGUUGAUGCUUGACGUUUCCAUGAGAAGUCUGAAAACCUCAUUCAGUUUAUUCUGGGCUGAUUUCCUUAGGAAAUUCAAUAUGAUCAGGGAAUUUCCUUCAACUCGGCUGAAUGGUAAAAAAGUUACUCCAUCUUGUUUAUGCGUUCUGGUUUUAGCAGUAGGUGUUUCUGUGGCUCCCCUUCAAUAGGAAGAUAAUAGGAAAAGACAUGAGUAUGGCCCAUUCAUAACUGUACAGUCUGUGAAAAUACGAAGCUGGCAAAGGCUUUGUUAGGUGUGAGAUUCACUGCAGAUUUGCUGUAAAGGUUUUCAAUCAGGAACUUGCAAUAACUAUGUUUGAUAAUUGAUAACUUUCUUAAGGUCAGUGUCACCACACCUGAACCUUCAGUAAAAUUGCUACUAUUUUCAAUUAAUGAGUCAUUUUCCUUUGCUGUCAUGAGAAGCUCAAUCGAGUAUCAAUGCAAGAAAACACCAAACUCCACCAAAAAUCCAACAGACUCUUGAAUCCGUUCGUGCCUCUGGCAAGCUGGAGCCAGGCGAGGGGUACAAGAGAUGAUAGCGGGACUUCUUUCUGCCCUGUGCUUGCAGAAGGGUGAGCGGCUGGGUUCUUGAGCCAUGAGCAUGCUGCAGGGAGACAAGAACCAUUCUGUUUGUAAUGGAAUGCAGACAGCAGUGUUAGGUCACUGCUUCCUGGCAACUGCUGCACAAGUUGUUUUUCUUCAAAGGCUUUGAGCUUUUAAAUAGUUUCCAAAAUCUUUUUAAGUAAAACACUGCCUUCUACCAUUUUUGACCACCUUAACGUUGUUUCGUGCCUAAAUAAUGGACCAGUAAAACAUCACACAGUAUCUCUCAUCUGUGUAUGCUUAACACUAUGUAUGCCUGUGUGCACAUGGAGUUUUAUACUGGGAGUAUUGUUUUUGGAAUAAUGGGAGAGAAAAAUAGCUCCACCUGGAGUGCUGGUCAGUGGAUAGUCAGUUCAGGACAUUCUUCCCUGUCAAAUCCUGUUUCUCACUUCUCUGAAAUGAACUUCAGACGACAGGCGUUGAAUGUGAAGCUCGCCUCACUGAGGUACUGUGCAGACUGCAAACUCCUCACUGCCAGACGCUUUGGGUGAAACAGGCAUCUGCAGUGUUUGCAUUGGGGGUGAUGGGAGAAAGGGCUUGCAAUUGUCAUUUUCAACUUUUAAAUCCACUUGCCACAGUCCAUUACUGUUAAAUCUUUAGCCAAUUGAAUAAGGAUAUCAGUAUGUUGCUAUUGCAGGAGCUUCAGACUUUUAGAUUGAGGGGUGGAGGAGAAGGUCUUGUUCUUUGUUCUGUAGAAACUUAAGUUGUCAUGCAGAGAUCAAGAAGACUUAAUAGCUGAAAUAAAACAUGAAUUUGGUGUUCUGAAGGGGCCAUUUCUCAUAGCUUGGCUAAAGAAAUGUGAAAAGAAAUUGUUUUAAUCUGAAUACAUAAAAAAACAUUGAGCCAUGUAGUUAGUAGCAGCCUGCUCUUUUUCAUACAGCCUUUAAAACAACCUAUAACAUUUAAAAAGUUGACAUUGACACUGUAUUUAGUAUAAGUAAUGAGAAUGUAAAUCUUUAAAACAUUGGCUUCCAGGUUACAUUGUCUUCAUGAUGUUUCACAUCAGAGAUCUAAAACAGUUGGUUUAAAAACUGAACUUUUAAGGCAAUGGGUCUUGGUUUUCCACAUAGAUGUUCCUUUUUAAAGAGCUGCUUUUAAAAUGCAGUUAUCCUAUUCGUACUAUAAACUUUAUUAGUUUAAUAUAUGGUAGCAGAGGAACACACAUACAUCAGGAAGUAGCAGACUGUGUGGUUUUGUGGAUAAAGAAAAAUGAACAGCAGACAUAAAAUCAAAGUCUGUUCCAUCCUGUUCUUUAAAAGCUUUUUUUUAUUUCCUCCCCUCCAAAUUUUCAUCUGCAAGACAUUGACUUCCAUCUGCAUUUUUUUCUGCCAUUGAUAUGAAAGUUUCCAAAUAACGUUUAGACAACAGUGGACAUUUUAUUAAAGUAAACAUUAGUUCAGUAUAAUGGAGGUAAUUGUAAGUGAUAAGAGCAGAGCAGGUUAUCUGUGUGUUGUUUAAACAGAAGGAGCUAUUUUGCACCAUUUCCAGUAGCCAUCUGUAGAGGAGAAGGGUUUGCACCUGUCUGUCCACACUAAUUAUAGAUUAGGUCCAAAGAAAUGAAAUUCGAGUAGCCUUUCUCUUAAUGAAAUCCAUGGUGAUUUUAUUGUAAAUGUGUUUUGUGUACAGACGGUGAUGGUUUGUCUGUGAGUAAAAUAAAUUGCUGUAUGGCUGUUAUGUACUUGUAGUUGUAAAGCAGGAUACUGCUGCAUUAACAAAGGUCCUGAAUAAAAAUGCACUGCUCCAUUUAAGUCCUAGGCUUCAGUGAUGUCUCUAGCUAGGCUUAAUCAAAAAGGUUCACUGUAAGCACAGUUAUUUAGGGGUAUGUUUCAGGGUAGACUUUUCAGUUAUCAUCACUUUCAUGUCAAUGUACUGGCAUGUAGGUGGUCCUUUGCCUGAAAUAUGAGGCAGAAAUGGUUUCAUGUUAAAUAUGUACACACAUACAUGCGGAGUGUGUCAGAAAUAGUUUCCUCUGGUAUAACCUACACUAUUAAAAAAAAGUGGAAAGAGUGAGAAAUGCAUUCUGAAGUAAAAGGUCACAUGAAUUUCUACCACAUCUGUUUAUAGUAAUUAUGAACAUAAUUAACAUAAGAAUUACAAGUGAGGUAAUGACAAGCUGAGCUAUGAGAUAUUAUGCCAUAAUAGUCAUAUGUUGGAAUUCUCACAUUAUAGCACACUAGAAUUCACAUAUUCAAUGCAAGAAAGAAAAUGUUAGAUUUUUAUCUAUUUUAAUGCUUCAAAACUUAUCUGCCUGGGGCAGAUGGACUUUCCGCUUUAGAGGAAGGUAACCCAUUAUUACAAGAGAGUCAGUUGAAAUUAAGAUUUCUAGCCUGCAGCUUGGACUUUGAGACAGCUGUGCUUAUGGAACGCCACUUCUGUUACACAUUUGUAUUCUGAUUGUAUUUAUUGUAUUAAUGCACAUUGUUUUAUUUUUAAAUGUGUUUUCAUAGCAAACUGUUUACAUUACGAAGGACCCUGGAUUAGUUUUUUUUUUUAGAAUUUUGUGAUUUGAGCAAUAAAAGUAUGGUCAACACAGACAUAAGAUGCACAUGGUGGCUCUGCAAGAGGAAAAUCUGGCAGAUCCUAAAUUAGUUCCUAAAUCAUGGCAUGAUAUGUAUGUAUUUCAAGGAAAAGCUCUGUAACAGAAAUACCAAAAAAGAGCAGUCUCUCAUUUGUGUGUAAUAGUUUGAAAUAACAUAUGCAGAAAGAAAUCUGUAUUACCUUGCAGGUUGAAUUAAUUAAUAAGUCACUUUUCUUUAGAAAUGCGUAGAACAUGCCAUUGAGUUUAGAAGCUAAGGUUUCAAACAAGUUGACUAACUUUUGUAAUAUGACCUGUCUGAUUACCUCUAAAUAUGGUUGUCACGCAACUGACAACUGGAGGAAGUUGAGGGAGAAGUGGCUCUUCUUCAGGGUAAAAAUACUGGCUGAGGAAUGCAUAGUAAAUUUGACAUGUGAAAAUCAGUUUGCCUUCACUGAAAAAUCAAGAUCCUGGUUUAAUGAUAGGUCUUUCCAAGGCUAAACACAUAGAGUGGUUUAUGAAAAAUAAUAAAAAAAACCCCCUUAUGCUAUGUCUCAGUGAUACCAAGAGGUUUUCACAUUAUUGGAUUAGUGGAGGAUUUGUGACAGACCCCUUUUUUAUCUGACAUUCAUUGCGGUGACAUGAUUUUCACACACAUGCCCUUCCCCCAUCUAGGUUCUGGUUUUCACUUUGUAUUAUGUGUCAAAUUCCCUUUAUUCCUUUUCUUGUGGAAUAAACUGCUAUCUUGGACGAGUGAUUUUGGAAGGAGUUUUGCACUGAACAAUGCCAGUCUCACUUCAGCGUGCUGUCAUUGUCCUCCUCCCUCCUUCGCAGUUACUCCUUGGCCGACGUGCAAUGGAGAUGCGUUUCCUAACAAAUAAGCGUUGAUUCCCAGGGAGAAACGUUUUAGAAAUUUUAAAGCCCGAGCACACAGAGUGUCUGGUGCUGGCAUAGCUAUUCUGCUGGCUGGCUGUGCUUAUGGUAGGCAGGCCAGGCUGCUUUGCUGUCUCCCCUUUCCAUGCCUCGUGCUAACCCUGUGCUCUUUGAUGAAUCCGGACAAAACAGCCCCUCAGUUUACACAGUACCUGAGUUGUAAAGUAUAGGGACCUACUUCUCCUUAUCGCUCAUCCUCUGGUGAAUGAUGCCACCACUUUGUAGCAGCAGUGCUGUGUUCAGGCCCUUAUGCCAACGGUGACAAUGAGCAGGCUGGAUUAGGUAGGGGCUUGGCCAAACUGGGAGCGGGUACACUCUGUGACUGUAUUGGGCCAGCAGCCGCCGUGCUCCGUGCGGGAUAUAGGCAUGGUCUGUGAGGGGGGAGCCAGGCUGCAAUAAUAGGUAUGGCCUGUGAAAGGAGAGCCGGACUGGAGGCAGUCACAGGGACGAUCGCCCUAGUGGGGGUGGCGGCGACCUCCGGCAGAGGAGCCUUGGGGAGCCAGAGCUGCGCCACUCCUGGCAGGGUCCUUAUCCCGGAGAGGUGUUGGGCAACUUCCAGGGCCGCAGCCGGGCCGGACGCCGGCCGGAGGGCAGGCACACGCAGACCUGGGCACCGCCGCCUUCUCCCCCGGUGGGCGGCGCGGAGGUGGCGCCUCUCCUCUCCUUGCCGCGCGCGGCCUCCCCGGGGACCCCGGGCCGGCUCCAGCCCCGCUCCCGGCCCCGCUGCCUCGCACAUCCUCCGGCCGCCAUCUGGGCCGCGCUGAUACCGUAAUCGCCCCGAUGCAGGCCGCCGUGCCGCCCCCCCCGCGCCGGCGCGGAGCCGCGAUGCUCCGUCCUUGCGCCGCAGAUAAGCCGCGAGGCGCGUGAAGUGCACAAAGCUCGGGCCGCGCCGGCGCCUCCUCGUCCCUCCCGCCGCCGGAAGAUCGCACUGAGAAGCAUUCCACAAUGCCAGACUCACCUGUGGAUGUGAAGACACAAUCCAGGCUGACGCCUCCAACCAUGCCACCUCCUCCCACUACCCAAGGAGCUCCAAGAACCAGUUCAUUUACACCCACAACGUUAACCAAUGGCACUAGCCAUUCACCAACAGCGUUAAAUGGAGCUCCAUCUCCUCCUAAUGGCUUUAGCAAUGGGCCAUCCUCUUCCUCUUCCUCUUCUCUGGCUAACCAGCAGUUACCGCCAGCUUGUGGAGCUAGGCAGCUCAGCAAACUGAAGAGAUUUCUUACAACCUUACAGCAGUUUGGCAAUGACAUUUCACCAGAGAUUGGGGAGAGAGUGCGUACCCUUGUGCUAGGACUUGUGAAUUCUACUUUGACAAUUGAAGAAUUUCAUUCCAAACUACAAGAAGCUACUAACUUCCCACUGCGACCUUUUGUCAUCCCAUUUUUAAAGGCCAAUCUGCCCCUGCUGCAGCGGGAGCUGCUGCACUGUGCAAGGCUAGCCAAGCAGAACCCAGCCCAGUACCUCGCCCAGCACGAACAGCUGCUUCUGGAUGCCAGCACCACCUCACCUGUUGACUCCUCAGAGCUGCUUCUCGAUGUGAACGAAAACGGGAAGAGGCGAACUCCAGACAGAACCAAAGAAAAUGGCUUUGACAGAGAGCCUUUGCACUCAGAGCAUCCAAGCAAGCGGCCCUGCACUAUUAGCCCAGGCCAGCGGUACAGUCCAAAUAAUGGCUUAUCUUAUCAGCCCAAUGGUCUGCCUCAUCCCACCCCACCUCCACCUCAGCAUUAUCGUUUGGAUGAUAUGGCCAUUGCCCACCACUACAGGGACUCAUACAGACACCCCAACCACAGGGACCUCAGGGACAGAAACAGACCUAUGGGGUUGCAUGGCACGCGUCAAGAAGAAAUGAUUGAUCACAGGCUAACAGACAGAGAAUGGGCAGAAGAGUGGAAACAUCUUGACCAUUUGUUGAACUGUAUAAUGGACAUGGUGGAAAAAACCAGACGAUCUCUCACUGUCCUACGGCGAUGUCAGGAAGCAGACCGCGAGGAGCUGAAUUACUGGAUACGGCGGUACAGUGAUGCGGAGGAUUUAAAAAAAGGCGGAAACAGCAGCAGUAGUCAUUCCAGACAGCAGAGUCCAGUGAAUCCAGAUCCAGUUUCGUUAGAAUCUCAUCGGGAAUUCCUUCACAGGCCUGCGUCUGGAUAUGUGCCAGAGGAGAUCUGGAAGAAAGCUGAGGAAGCUGUCAAUGAAGUGAAGCGCCAGGCGAUGGCCGAGCUGCAGAAGGCGGUGUCGGAGGCCGAGCGGAAGGCUCACGACAUGAUCACUUCGGAGAGGGCCAAGAUGGAGCGCACUGUUGCCGAAGCCAAGCGCCAGGCGGCAGAGGACGCCCUGGCUGUCAUCAACCAGCAGGAGGAUUCAAGUGAGAGUUGCUGGAACUGUGGCCGGAAAGCUAGUGAAACCUGCAGUGGUUGCAACACAGCACGAUACUGUGGCUCAUUUUGCCAGCACAAGGACUGGGAGAAGCACCAUCACAUCUGUGGACAGACCCUCCAAGCCCAGCAGCAAGGAGAGACACCAGCAGUGAGCUCCUCCGUGACACCCAGCAGCGGGGCCGGGAGCCCCAUCGACACUCCACCAGCAGCUACUCCAAGGUCCACCACCCCGGGAACCCCUUCCACCAUAGACGCCACUCCUCGCUAGAACUGAACUCCAAACUCCGAAAACAAAAACACAGCAGAAAAUGAAACCAAUUCCUCAUCCUCAGAUGCGCAAAGAUUUUAACUGAACUGUCAUAUUUCAAUACUUCAAUAAAGAAAGAAUUUACUGUAUCUUGGGGUGGUAGAAAAUACAGAAGGCCAGUAACGGGUCAUAAUGACUUAUUGUGGAUAACAAAGAUAUCUUUUCUUUAGAAAACUGAAAAGAGAGCAGAGAAUAUACACAAAAUGAUAGAUUUGACCUCCUCCCUGUUAUUUUCCAGUAGCUGGGAUUUUAAACUAGAUGACCUCAUUAACAGAUGCUUUACCAAACAGCAAACCAAGAGAUUGCUAAUUGCUGUUGAAAGCAAAAUGCUAAUAUUAAAGUCACAAUGUUCUUUAUAACAAUAAUGGAAAUUAAAAAAAAAAAAGAGAGAGAGAAAAAAAACCCUCAAGGGCAUGAGCAUUGGAUACAGCAGUAGACAUUUUAACAAGAAGAUGAAUGGCGUCCGUGGGUUACUGACUGAACUUUGAAGACCCGCAUCAAAACGCGCAGAUGUGCAGCAGAUUGGAAGGAGACACAGAUGUUCAUUUUUUUUUUCCUGUUUCUAAAAGAAAUAAAAUAAUACCCAGGUCAACAGAAUGAAAAAUGAAAGAUGAUUUGCAGUGGGAUGUAGGACUACAGCAGCAAAGAAAAAAAAUGCCAUAAUACAAAAGGCUUUUUUUUUUUUUUUUCCUUUUAAAUACAGAAAUAAGGGACACAGCCUGCAGUUAAUUAGCAUCCUGGCAGCUUUGACAUCGGCCAGCUGCUCCAACUAAACCUUUCAACAUUUCUUCACUUUUUUUGCAAGGUUCCACAGAGUAUGACAAUCGGGUCUAUUCCAGCUCAUUCAUUUUUAUAUUGAAAAUUAAUAAUAGUUAAUAACACGGUGGCUCCAGCCCCUUUCCAAAUUCUUUCCACCCAUCCUGUUUGGAUUUUUAAUUAAGAAAAAAAAGAAAAAAAAAAAAAAAAAAAAAAAAAAAAAAAACCCCUAGUAGUUCUCUUGGUGUUAAAACACUUC